AUGUCCUUAUCGGCCGAAAUUGAGCCUGUUGUGAUCAAAUGGAUGAAGAAUGGAAAGAUCUUGGAUGAAGGUUUCUUUUUGUUGUGUUUAGAAAUGUAUGCUCGCGAUUUUGGGUCUCUAUUAAUAGUUAUUAUAGCUUUUGUUGGACUUUCAUUAUUGAGUGUAGCUGCAAUAUUCAUACGUAAAAGAUUUUGCCUCAUUAAAAAAGACAAAGAAUUAAUUGCACGAUUCCAGAUCGCCAGAACCAACAAACUGUGCUCAUAUUCAGACGACUGUAUUAUUGGUCCUAUUACCGAGGAACCUGAAUAUACAUAUGUUGAAAAUCAAAAUACACGCACAGAUAGUGAUAAUGAAGAAACUGUGUCACAAAAUCAGGGUGAGGAUAGUUGUGCUGAAAAUCAAUACAAUAUUUUGGGAGAAUGUAGAACUAUGACGUCAGACCAUGCUGAAUCUAAACUUUAUGACUAUUCAGAAAAUGUCAGUGGAAUAUACAGUAGUACAUGUAGAGGAAAAGUUAACAUAAUAAACAUUGAAUCAAAUGAUUGAGAAUUUUUCAUAUGGAGAAUCAAUCUUAAUAUCUAAUGCUUAUCGAAAAUAUUUUAUGCAGAAUAUGAG